CGUCGUUAUCGUCGUAUCGUCACUGUUGCGGUCAUGGAGGAGGCGGAACAUCAACUAUUAUUGCACCGGUACUCCAGACAGUAGGGGCGCUAGUUGGUGUUCCUGGUGACAUGGCGCUGUGUUCCUAUUCCCCUGAAGAAGGGGAGAGUUGCGGGAAAACCUGAAACCAACGUCAAGAACCCACAGGAGGCAUACGAGAGAAGAGACAAUGAAAAGCCCCAGAGCAGAGGACGUCAGGAGAGGUAUAUCAGCACUCUGGGAUACACUGCAGUGUCCUAUAUGCCUUGAACUGAUGACCACACCAGUGUCGACUAAAUGUGACCAUCAGUUUUGCAAGUUCUGCAUGCAGAAGCUUCUCGAAGGUACCAAAAAGAGAGAGGCAAACUGCCCGGUUUGCAAAACCAAGGUCACUAAAAGGAGUUUACAGGAGAGCCCUGGGUUCCAGCGAUUAAUAACAGGUUUACAAAAUAUGAUUGAAGCCUAUGAAAAUGACACCAAGACCAACUACUUCACAGGAUUGACCCUGCAGAGGAGAAGGUCACAGAGCAUGACGGAAACAGAAGGAAGCACGUUUUUAUCUGGAAACGCACCCGAUAAUCACCAUGACAACGGAGAUAGUGAGGAACACGGUCUUUCAGGGACUCACUCCUCCACCGUAGAAGCCAACAAUGGAUUUGCCAGCCUCAUGGAUUUAGAAGAUUCCAACUGUUUGAUGGUGAUAAAUGACGGCUUGGAUACUAGCUUCAGUGAAACGCCACAGACUUCAGGAGAAAAGGGGUACAUCCGUGUGGGAAUCAGCCCUACCGUAGAGCCAGUAGAGAAACAAGAAAUGGCCGAAGUGGUGGAAAAAGCAACAUCAAGACCCCGGACGAGGGGCAAGAAGCGCCUCGCCCAGCUGGAGUACCCGCCAUCCCGCCUCGCAUUGGUUGCUGAUGAUGUCAUGCAACAGCAAGCACCAAAAGACGAUGCAGAGAAGGAAACCGGAAAAACCCAAAAGAUCCAGCGUCAGGCGAGGAAAAGUGUGGAGAAGGUCUCCCAGUGGCUCCUACAAGUUCCUCUCACGGAGAAUCUGGGGUCGGUGGUACACCCGGACCCCACCUCUGAUCCAAAAGGCCCUCCUACUUCCCCCGGAGGGAGCAUCUCGUCGACCUCUACAAAGAUCCUCAGGCGAGAAAAGCCUGAGGGCGACCAUAAGACCGAAGAGCAGGUCGGCCUCAGGCGAGCCGAGCCUGAGGCCGACCAGAAGACCGAAGAUCAGGUCAAAAGUCUAGAAGACCAAGUGUUCGGGAUUGUUUACACUCGCCGGGGGAAGAGAUCCUUCUCUCCACCACAACAACGCCUUCAACUCAUCCCUCAUGACCCACCACCGGUGACUGAAGAAUACAAUCCUCACGCUGACGCUGGAGAGAGCCACCAACCCAUUCCAGGUGAUUAUGAAACCAAAUCCAACUUUGAGGCUGAAGAUGGCGGUGUUGAGGCUGCUGAAGGUGUUGUGGAGAUCCCACCGCAGGUGUCAAACCAUCAAUCCAGUGUUACAGACAAUGAUUUUUCUAAAGAACCGAGAGCCUUGGACCUCAGUGGGAGGAGCCGAUUGGCGGCUCCUCAAUCGGAGGAGCCGCCACCACAGGAAGGAGAAGAAACAGAUGAGGAAGGAGAAGCCAGCAGUUUGGCGUUCAACAGGGCUGUGCUCAAGUUGGAGAGAAAAUCCGCUAAUCGAACAGGCCACGCGAUGCAGGACAUUGAUGCUGACCUUAAUAUAGAAACUGCAGAGAAACUGGAAACUUCCCCUAAGAGGAGACCUGGGCUGAGGAAAGGUGUCAAACGGCAAAACAGAAUAUCGGCAAGAGGGACAAAACCACUGGUUCUAGUCGGCGCUCUAGGAGGAGAAGCCGUUCCAGAGAGACCCCAGAGCAGGAUGGGGUGUGGAGAAGAACAUGUUCAAAUUGAGACUUACCCGAGCAGCGAGGAGGUGGGUGCCACAGUAGGCAGGACCACUCGCAGUAGAAGAUCCCUGCAUAUUGCCAAGGAAGUUCCGGGUAGUUGUGCUGGAAAGCGUCCUAGCAAGAGGGCGAUAUGUACAAGAGGACAGACAUUUAUAGAACCUGGCCCAGAUAAAGAUAAUCUGGUUCAUCCACCUGCGAAAACUAAAAUUAUUAUAUUAGAUGAAGGGAAUCAAACGGGGGUAAAUGUCACCCAAAAAAACGGAUGUAUCUGCAAAGACGAUAUCGGAGGAAUUGAGAAAACUGGAUCUGUUGAGGGUUCCGUGGCUCCUUUGAGCCAGACUAAAGUUUUGACCCAAAUGAAUGGCUCUAUAGUUGAAGUUCCUAAUACCACAAGUCCUUGUGAGGCGAGGUCACCCUCCAUCGUACAAAUAGAUACAGCUUGUAGAAGUCCCGCUGUGGCAGUAGUACCAAGCCCUGCCCCUAAGAGUAUCAUGGCAGCCAAUCAGAACGGUGCAUGUACUGAAGAUUCCCCCUGUCUGAUCAAAUGUGUUGAGAGGGAGGAAGACGAGGAUAUGAGCGAUAGUGAGGUCGACACUGAACAGCUGAUGAAGAGCUUCAAAGUGGCUAAAAGAAAGUCCUUCCAUCUUGGCAGCCCAAAGGGAACCAGAAGCAGUCUUAGGUCGAACAAAAGCACUCAAAUUUCUAAGACGGUAGAUGACUCUGUUCCAGGAAUUGAAUGCAUAACAGAUCAGAUUCCCAAGUCCACAGAAAAAUCUGCAACGGAACCAUCGGAAAAGCAGCCAGAGAUGGAAAAAUCCUCUUGUGGCGAUAUGGUUGCCUCUUCUUAUUCACCAAGACGAAACACAAGCUUGUCAGGGAUAAGACCUCGAGGCUUGAGGAGGCGUCUUGUCCAGUCAGAGGAAGCAUUGAAGUCGGACAAUGUGUCCUUAACCAAGUGCCCGGAUAGUGGUGUAGGCUGUCUCUCCGGGAACACGGCUUCUAGUACCCUCAGCCCUAAUAAAGCUGCAAAAAGUCUGCGUUGCACCGUUACCCCUGAUGCAUCUGAGUCAGUCCUGCUCUUCAGUGCGCUGGAAGUAACUGAAGACGGCUCUCUUGGCGUGACCUCCAGAAGUAAAAAGCGUCUGCAAACUGCCAACAAACCCAAGCAGCCUACCAAGAGAAAACUUGAUGCAGUAACCCUGCCCAAAACAACACCAUGCAAUUCCACUGCCAUGUCGGCCACGCAAGGUAAUACGGACAACAGCGUGGAAGUACUAGUCAAUACCAAUGGCUCCAUAACCCCUGACGGACUCGAGCCACAAGUGGUUGAGUCUUCUGACAAAGAGCCGGAAUGCAGCGGCCUGAGUGCCGGUUCCCCCAUCAAGAAGAACCCUAUGAGGAAGGCUCACAGGCUAGAGUCUUCAUCAGAUGAGGAGAUACCUACUCUAGCAGAGAUUUUUAAAUGUCAUCCUCCCGCGGUCCAGUGUAAUGGUCUUGAAGGCCCGGCCGAGGCUCAGAAUGGCCCACAGAGGGGGUCUGGGUGUGAGGAGCCCAACGUUUUGGCCACGCCGCUGGCCAACCCAGCCGUGUGCCCUCCCAGCCCAGACUUUGUGGAGUUCAGCCAGGCCUCUGUGGAUCUCUUUGACACACCCGCUGAAUGUGACAUCGCUGCAAUUGAUAACGGCGUUUCGAUGGACUCAUCACAAUUCUCCAGCGAUCUACUUGUCACCCAGCAAAGGCAGGCCAUGCAGAAGGAGCUGCUGCGGCUGGGGAACCUGAUGGCGCUGGUCACAGAGGUGCUGCAGGAGAAGGAGGAGGGGUCCGGCACAGAGCUCCCUGCAGACCAGCCGCUCACGGGUACCGCCGUCGAGUCAGAGCUCCCUGCGGACCAGCCCACCACAGGUGAAGACCUCUCUAUGCCAUGUGCCCUGGAAGUAAAGCAGGCCGCAAGAGACCGUGCUCCAAUCAAGACAAGACAUUCCAUCAGUCCACACAGUCCAGUAGCCAAUCAUGUUGCAUCACCAGCGCCCGGCCUGUUGAGGCCCGAUGAAACUGCAGCUACAGUGCCACAGAGCGCCAUGGCAACGAGGCCCAGCACCCGACUCAGUGGUGACACCCGGACACCCAGCUCACAAGGGUCAAAGGUCAAAUGGACAGAAAACAAAACCAAACCACCACCGCGCCUGAAAAACGAGGAGACCGCCACUGAAGACCAGGUGACGAGGCGGGUGUCUGAGACGGAGCCCCCUGACGCGACCACGCCCAAACCAGAGUGUGUGUUCGUGAUGUCCGGCCUGGGGUCCAGCGAACAGGUGAUGGUGAGGAAGUUCGCCAAGAGGAUCGGGGCUCGCGUCGUUCCCCAGGUGACCCCUGAGGUGACCCAUGUCAUCAUGUGCACAGAUGAGGACCUGGUGUGUGAGCGUACCUUGAAGUACUUCCUGGGCAUCGCAGGCAGGAAGUGGGUGUUGAGUUUCCUGUGGAUCUCGGAGUGCUUCAAACAGGGGGAUCUGCUAGACGAGAGUGCGUUUGAGGUGCGGGGAGACGUGGUGAACGGGGCCGUCCACCACGGGCCCCUCAGGGCCCGCAGCACUGGGGACCAAGACCUCCUCAUGAAGGGCUACAAGAUCUGCUUCCAGGGGUCCUUCACGGACAUGACCAAAGACCAAAUGGAGUGGAUGGUGGAGCUAUGUGGUGCUGCUGUUGUGAAAGACCCUCUGCAGUUCGACAGUAAAAAGGAUUUGAUUAUCCCCAUGCAUCAUCUCUUCCUCCUCCAGUACUGCCACCAGCUGCUUAUUGUACAGCCAGGAACGGAGACGGCGCUAACCAAACCCAGCGCCUCUUAUGGGAGAGCGACAGUUGUGAACCGUGGUUGGCUGUUGGACUCGGUGGCGACCUACACCCUCCAGAACACUGACGACUACAGGGCCUGAUCCGGGAGGAGGUGGAGCCCCCAUAGCCUGGGCCCUGCCUUUCAACAGCACUUUCUAGGAGAGCUACAGUCAGAACCCUCGGCUGGCUUUUGACCCUCCAAAACCAUUGGGAACACCAAAGGUGGAGCCCCCCUCUCCCUCUCAUAGUUCCCCCUGUUGGGUUUACCACUGUAAAUAAUUCAAAGUGGCUUUUUUAAAAUUUGUAAAGAAAAAACAGUAAAAUGUUGUUGCCUCUUUUUUGUAAAAAAUUAUAAUUCUAGAAGUGUGUUGUGAAAUGAUGAAUGUAGGACGUACACACCUCGACCACAAAUUAAUUGGCUUGCAGUACUACUUCAUUCAAAAACACAGAGCAAUUAAUGCCUACUUUUCAGGCAUUUAUUUUUUAAUAAAUAAAGAGUGGGACUUUGUUCUUCCUGAUA